UAAAUAAAAGAGUUACGACCCAGCCACCGUCGUCGUCGGACGUCCGUCUCUCAACCGUCCGGGGCUCCCGCGCCCGGCCCCGCCGGCGCCCGCCGUUCACCUCUUCGGCAUGUAAGACCCCUCGUUUACGCAGGCCCACGCAGGCCCUGCUCUUCUUUAUUUUCACGGGUGACCGAUUUUUAAUUACUACAUUUUUGGCGACGAGCAUUACUACAUUUUGGCGAUCGAGGAUGGGAUAAUUUUUUUUUCUCCGCAUUUCGAACCCCCGCCGUACCCCGCGUCUAGACGAGACGUGCAUUUUUUUUUAACAAGGAACGGCGCCUUUUUCCGCCUUUUUCAAGAUGGCGGCUGCGCAGGGUCGCGUUCCCGCCGAAUUUCUCCCCACGCCCGGCGAACCGUCAAUGCCGUGGCAGACUUGGAAGCGCGGCUUCCUCAACUACCUCGAGGCGAUCGACGCCGAGGAUUUUCCGCCGAAACGCAAGAGGGCGAUUUUAUUUUCAUUUCUCGGCGAUGAAGGCAAUCGCGUCGUCGAUGCGUUCAACCUAGCGGGUCCAGCCGUCAACGCGGCACAAGAUGAGUUUCAGGGUUUAUUGUCCGUUUUGGACACCCACUUCGCUUCCGCUCCAAACGUCGUAGUUGAGCGUAGAAAGUUCGCCAUGAGGUUCCAGGGUCCAGAAGAGACCGUCCUCGAGUAUCUUGGGGCGCUUAGACGCCUAGCAUCGUUUUGCGACUACGGAGAGUCGUUGGAGAGCCGCGUCGCGGAAAUGUUUAUCUCGGGAAUCCGUAGCGCGGAAGUCCAAGAUCGUUUAAUCAGAGAGUCCGACGGAACUAAGGCACCUAGCCUCGAGCGUGCUGUCCAGUUAGCGCAGCAGUUCGAGCGGACGUCUCGUGAUUGCGAUCACUUCCGACGCUUGUCGUUAGACGCAAGUCCGAACACGCCGCACGUGGUUGAGCGGAUCCAAGAUGGACGCGGUCGCGACCGAGAUGCUCAACAUGGCGGGCAGCCUCCCCGCCGCCGCGGAUCUUCUUCCCCGCGGCGUGAGCGUCUUCCUCCUCCCCCUUCCCCGUCAACACGCGAGCCAUCUCGCUCCUCUCGUCCGAGGCGCGAGCCUCCCCCUCCUUCGUCGAGACGCGAGCGGCCCUUUCCUCCUUUCCCGCCGCGUCGAGAGCGCGACCGCCGGCAAUGGCGAGCUCCCUCCCGCCCGUUCUUCCGUGCGCGCCGACGCGAUCCUCCCCCCGGGGCGCGUCGUGUCGUUCGCGACGACGGUUGUUUUUUCUGUGGCAGACGAAGCCACCCCCGAGAUGAGUGCCCAGCAUCGGGAGCCACAUGCUUCUUGUGUGGCCGUGAGGGACAUUUUGCAAAUGUGUGUCGAAGCCGACCGAGGCGUGACCGGGAUCAUCGACAACUGGCCCUUCCUGCUGGCCGGCGGGUCUCUGCCCGCGACUACUACGAGCAUCGGCAAGCAAGGCCUGGUCCUACAAGGAUUCAAGGCAUCACCUUCCCGGACUACGAGCUCCCGGCAACAAUCUACACCGUCGCGCCGCCCGAUGAUUUUCCGGAGCGGUGCCGUUUCUGUGGUGGCCCCUGCCACCCGAGGAAGUUUUGUCCGGCCGCACACCGUCGCUGCUUCUCCUGCCAGAAGCAAGGUCAUCUAGACCGUGUAUGCGAGAGUCGACCCCGGUGGCCACGACUCGACCGUGGGGGGCCUAGCAACCCUCCCACCGUGUUCGCGUCCGCCCACUGGAGGCAUCACUUUUCGAUGCGUCACUUUUCGGCUAGCCCGGACACCACCAAUCCAGAUCCUGCGGGUCAACGUCCUGACUCUGGCCUGAGUCCUGAGGCCCCCCCUUCCCCUCAGGAGGGUCCUGUUCCAGCUAGGAGUCCCCCUCCCGUUCCCGAGGUACCCAUCACAACGCAGCCCAAGCCGUUCCCCAGACCGGAGCCACCAGAGCCCCAGGGUCCAGACGCCUCCGCGCAAGAGUGUCGUCGGCGGCUGCCAGACGUCCUGAAGGACUAUUUUAUUAACUCUUUUGGACUGGGUUCAAAAUAUUUGUGAACAUUCAGUGAAUUUUUUUUUCUUACCCAGCUUACUGCCCCAGCGCAGCCUUUUCCAGUGUGUGCUUUCCGCAAAUCUUUUGCGACGUGCUUUUCCUUUUCAUUAAUUUCACAUUUUCCAGUCUCUUGACAUAGAAAUGUCAUUUCAUUUCAGUA